CGUCAGCAAACAUCCAGCAACCAGGAAGCACGGACAAAAGCAAAUUAAAGGCGAAAACAAACGUAUUUUAUAUGUUUAUGUAAUGAGAACUCGCCACAGAUAUUUUCUUUUAUAUCAAACAACUUUGGUCGUGAUUAUUGUAUGCUGCCAUGUAUCUCGGAGACGGGCUGCUCUUUGAACUUCAAAAUGGGAAACCCAAGCUGAUUGUCCUCGAGCACGGUGUCGAGAGGAAUCUUGUCAAGAAUUCUCUCAGGCCUCGCCUAACCUACGUCCUCAACUCCAGGCAGCCGUCCCGUGCCGAGGAUGUGCGGGCACUGCGUCCGGCCGGGCGACGCCCGGCGGGGCAGCACCCGGUUAAUCCUAGAGGUGCCAAGGGACAGGCGGCAGAUAGUAGAGCCUCCUUUGCGUCCAGCGGGGCAGCAGACAGAAUGCGAGGCAGUCAGACAGCCUCUAAACCACGGGCGCGUCGUACGGCAGCAGCCGGAGCUGAAGCUGCACCCAAGAUUAAGUCAGAAUGCCGGAAAAGCAGCUCCACCUCCGCCAAAGGAACAUCUGCACAGUCUGAAAGAUGGGCUGAGGCAUCCGAUGCAAAGUCGAGACCAAAAGACUUGCUUGACGACGACGGACUGAGAGACACAGCGGCGUGUUUGAGUGGCGAGCAGGUUCCGCACAUUCUCAGCAACGUCCAGACCUCCGGUCAUGAUCGAUAUGCUGCAGAAGAGCACAGAGCGCCCACUCAGCCUGUAGAGGAAGAAGUAGUAGGAGGAGGAGAGAUGGAAGAGGACAGGGUAGGAUGUGAUGAAACAAGUGGAAUAUCACCACCUAAAGACAGCAGGUCUCAUGGAGGUCUGUUUGGCUGGCUGGAGCAGCGUGACGUUGACACCAGAGCAUCCGUGGAAGCCAAGAAGGUUCAGUGGAGGCAACAACUAAACGAGCAGGUGGCCCUGAAGCAGCAACAACAACAACAACGUUGUUGUUCAACCUCACUCGGACUUCAGGUAGAGGAGGGACCAGGCAGUGUGUGUUCAGUUCAGCUUGCGGGCUGCCACAAAGAGCAGCCGGCAGCCAUCAGGUCCAGCCUCAGACUCGGGGCAGUGACUCCCAUAGAGGAGGCUUUGGCAUUGGAGAGAAAAGAGGAGCAGAGGAGGCUCUGGCUGGAGGAUCUGGACCGACAGAGGGAGGAAACCAGCCAGCGAAGGAGGCGAGAGAAGAUGCUGCACAACCAGAAAGAAGAUCACGAGCUGUGGGCUGCGCACUUUGACUCAAUGCAGCGCAAACCUGCUCCAGUGACUCUUGCCCCACCAAUUUGCCCACCCGUGGACCCACCUGGAGCCCCCUCUGGAGACUGGGAGGCGUCGUCCAGCUUGUCCCUUACGUGGGACGCCUCCAGCAGCUGUGGAGCAGAGAGUGUGGGCAAAGCAAGAGAGGACAUCAGCAGCAGCAGCAGAUACCCCACCAGGAGCAGCUAUCUUCGGAGCAUGACUGCCUUGCUGGAUCCCGUCCAGAUGGAGGAGCGGGAGAGAAGGAGGCAGAAGCAGCUGGAGCAGCAGAGAGACAUCCAAGCUCAGAUGGAGGAGCGCCGGCAGCAGAGGCAGGAAGAAGAGGCCAGGAGGAGGAUGGAGGAGGAAGAAGAGGAGAGGAGAAUCACGCUGGAGAGGGACCUGCUGCACAGGAGGUACCAGCAGGAGGACCACAAGCAUCGGGAGGAACGCAAGAAGGAGGAACAACGAAAGAAACAGGGUGAUGAUGAUCAGGACGACGCUGGAGGAGUGAAGGAGUCAGUGGGAGUGCGUGCGUCACGUCCGGCUGCGAGUGUGGAGGACAAGAGAGAGAAGGCCGUGCAGACAGAAGCAGCUCCUCUUUCUGCCGGAACAGAGCGCCCUCCCACUCUUUCCAAAUGCAAGAGCAAAGCAGACAAGGAGAACACGCGUGUGCCUGGAGGAGGCAAAGGCGACGAGGCCUACGAGGCCUUCGCCAGGACGGAGAAGAGGAAAGAGAAGAUGAGGCCGCAGUGGAACACACACAGGCCAAGCCGGCGCUUCGUCCCCGCGUCGGAGCGUUACCCGGCCACGCUGCAAAGGAGCAGACGGGAGAGUCGACUCAAGAGGCAGGAGGAGGUCCUCGGUCUCCAGCACAGGAACUGCCUCCCCACAAACCGACAGGAGCCGCGCAGAGACGCAAGUCGGCCUCCGAGCCACAAAGAGGAUUCGAACCGUGUGAGUGUUUCUGCCAAAAGGGGGCGCUCUCCUCCCAUCACACAGCCCUCCCUCCAGUACCUCCCAUACAUCCGCACUGAUGAUGUUGUCCACCUGGACCCCAUCGAGACGGCCGACGCACCGCCUCCUCACGCGCACACAGCAGCUUCACGCUCGACGCUCCCUCCUGACAUCCCCUCGUCCUCCUCCCCUGGGGAGAUCCUCGUCCUGCGUGGCACCCAGCGACAGCAGGAAAUUCUGAGGGGCCUCGCGCAACUACGACAGGGUUUACUUCAGAAGCAGAUGGAGCUGAAGGGUGACCUGCAACGUCAUGGCAACGAGCGCCUGGCUCCCCCCAAAUGUUAAAACAUUCUUCCGGGAAAACAAUUUUUUGUUCUUCGUGUCAAACUUUCAACCGUGGUUAUUUUACAAUUCUUGCAUAGAGCCACCACACCAUGCCAUCAUGACCCGCCGGCAUGUCCACCGAUGUGUUUUUAGUCGCCCACCACAGAUUACACAACAAUGCAAUUCGUUGGUUUUUGUGUGAAAGGCAAUAAAAUGGCAAUUCUGCAAGAUAUGUACGAAAGGGGAUAUCCUGUAUCUCCAAUCAUUUGUAAUUGCAUUUACUUAAUUUAUUUUAGUUGUAAAUAAAAGUAUAGGCAAACAAUU